AUGACCCGCGAUGGCUUCAGCCGCGUUCUUCCGUGUACACUGAGUGCCUUGGAGGACAAGCCCGGGCUGUCUGCACCCUUCCAGCAGUCCCUUCCUUUCUGCAGUCCCUUCCAGCCUGGCCGCGCCCCCGUGCCCGGGUUCGAUGGCCUUCAGGCGUGCACGGACCCAGGCGUCCCCGAGAACGGCUUCAGGACGCCCAGCGGAGGGGUGUUCCCUGAGAGCUCUGUCACCCAGUUUCACUGUGAAGACGGGUUCAAGCUGAAGGGCUCCACAAAGAGACUGUGUGUGCGACACCCUAACGGCACCCUCGGCUGGAUCCCCAGCGAUAAGCCUGUCUGUGCGCGAGAAGAUUGCCGCGUCCCUCAGGUGGAGGAUGCUGAGAUCCGUAACAAGACCUACAGACACGGAGAUAAGCUGAUCAUCACCUGUCAUGAAGGGUUCAAGAUCCGUUACCCCGACCUUCACAACAUGGUUUCGCUGUGUCGCGAUGAUGGGACUUGGGACAAUCUGCCCCUCUGUCAAGGCUGCCUGAGACCUCUCUCCUCCUCUAACGGCUACGUGAACGUUUCCGAGUUCCAGACCUCCUUCCCCGUGGGGACCGUCAUCUCCUAUCACUGCUUUCCUGGCUUUAAGCUGGAGGGGUCGGAGUAUCUCGAAUGCUUGCACAACCUCAUCUGGUCGUCCAGCCCGCCCCGGUGCCUCGCUCUGGAAGUGUGUCCGCUGCCUCCCACCGUGAGUCACGGUGAUUUCGUCUGCCACCCGCGGCCUUGUGAGCGCUACGACCACGGGACCGUGGUAGAGUUCUACUGCGACCCCGGCUACAGCCUCACCAGCGACUACAAGUACGUCACCUGCCAGUACGGGCAGUGGUUCCCCUCCUACCAGGUUUACUGCAUCAAGUCAGAGCAAACGUGGCCCAGCACUCACGAGACCCUCCUGACCACGUGGAAGGUCGUGGCGUUCACUGCGACCAGCGUGCUGCUGGUGCUGCUGCUGGUCAUCCUGGCCAGGAUGUUCCAGACCAAGUUCAAGGCCCAUUUCCCUGUCAGGAAGGUCCAGUCUCUCAAGCUCCCGGCCAGCGGCGUCUCAGGCUCCUCUGAGCCGCUCCAGAGUCUGUAUUCACCUUCCGCGUGCCCGGGGGGCCCCCGCCCCGACAGCGCGGACACGGGGGCCGGCUCGGCGCGGGAGACGGCGUCCAGCAGCCCAGGCAUCGACAUCGCCGACGAGAUCCCUCUGAUGGAAGAAGAUGCCUGA